AUGUCGUCCUCCAGAGAGACACAACCUCUCUUAAGCACUGUUGAAGCCGCACCACCUGCCGACAUCGAAGCUGCACAUCCCGAGGACGAAACUCUCGAUGAGGUUGCGGAAAAUGAGAAGUUCACGUGGAGGAUGUGGACUGCGGAGAAGCUCGAGAGUAAGAGGAUGCAUUGGUUCAUCUUGACCUUGAUCAUCAUCGAUUCUUCACUCGUUGUAGCUGAUCUGGCAUAUACUCUCCUCCAAACUCAAUGUCCUCCUCCCGAGGAGCGCCCUCUCCCGCUCGAGCUUUCAGAAUACGCCAGCAUCCUCAUUUCUUCCAUCUUCGUGCUUGAAAUUCCGUUCUCGUUCUGGGCACUUGGUUGGGAGUUCUAUGACCCCUUUUACGGUGUGGCACACGCGCCCCUGCAUUGCGUCGAUGCAAUCGUAAUCUUGGGGACAUUCGUGCUAGAAGUCGUUCUCAGGGGGCGUGACAGAGAGCUAGCGGGGCUAUUCGUGCUCCUUCGGUUCUGGCGAAUUGUCAAGCUUGUGGGAGGUGUUGCCGUCGGUGUGGGCGAGAUUGACGAAGAGAGCGCGAAGCGUCUCGCCAAAGCGCGCAUCAGGAUCAGAGAUCAAGAUCGGCAGAUCGACAGGCUUAUCCGGGAGAAUGUUGACCUGAAGCGGAGGAUCGCGUAUGCGGAACAGGACCUCGAAGGGGUGUAA